GCACUGCCACCAUGUCGUCCAGCACCACCACCAGCACUGCCACCAGCACUGCCACCAGCACUGCCACCAGCACUGCCACCAUGUCGUCCAGCACCACCACCAGCACCGCCACCACGUCGUCCAGCACCGCAACCGCGUUGUCCAGCACUGCCACGUCCAGCUCUUUGGGGUCCAAAGGUGAUGGCAGUUGGACCGAUGAUGCUCUGCUGGCUGAAGCUCUCGCCACUUUUGAAAGGCAAGGGGACACUGACCCGACCCCUCCCGGAAAAGAGGCUGAACCAGAGCCUCCACACCAGCCACAGACAGACUCCAUUCCACAGCCACCUCACCUGGUGGUCAACAUGGGAGGACCUCUGAUGUUACUGGCGCAGCGCUGCUGCCAAGCAAAGCCCCUGUGGCCCCGGCAGCAGUGGCUGCUUAACCGGAGGCUCCCCAAAGCAGAUGUCAGGUGGCUGAAAGAGGAUGCUGAAAGAGGGCUCUUCCAGAAGGAAAUGUCUUAUGAGGACAAGCACGGAAACAUCAGGAAGAGGAAAGUCCUCAAGGGUGACAGGAUGUGGUUUGAUCCACAUCAGCAGACUCCUUCUUUCGCAGCCGUGUGUUUUUCUGGAGGCCAGUAG